GGCGAGCGGACAAGCGGCCCGAAGUGAGAGAGAGAAAUCGGAAAGCCGUUCCACGCGUCUGCCUGUCCUCCCUCCCUCCAUCUGUCCUUCCGCUGCUGGGAUGUCCGUCUCCUCUCUGCCGGAAUGGAAGCAGAUGCUUCUGGAGCGGAAGAGGAAGGAGGAGGAGGAGAGAGAGAGGAAGGAGCGUGAGGAGGAGGAGAGGCUGGCCAGCAUGCCGGCCUGGAAGCGGGGCAUCAUCCAGCGGAGGCGAGAGAAGCAGGAGGGAGGCGGAACGAGGGAGAGGGAGGAGGCGCCGGGGAGCAGGGGCGAGGCGCGGCGUGGCUCCGACAGGCCCAGCGAGGAACCGCAGGGCCCCGUCUCCUCGGAGACCAUCUGCCCGGUCCGCCAAAACCCGUUCGUCCGCUCCCAGUGCAGGUGGAAGGAGAGGAGAGAGGGGGAGAGCGUCAGGGAGGUCAUUCGGGGGCGGGAGAACAGGACGCGAGAGGAGGGGCAGGAAGAGAGGGGCGUGGCGGAACGGAGGAUCGCUGAUCGCAGGGCGGGGCAGAGACCGAGCGGCGGCAGGGAGGUCGCCACCCUCGAGCAGGACGGCCCAGGGAGGGAGGGUCCCGAGAGGGGACCGGGGGGCCACGGCCAGGGCACGGGGGACGAAGAGGAGAGGAGUUACAGGGGGAGAGGGAGAGAGGGGGAAACAGGGGACGGCCAGACCUGGCACCACCCCGCGAAAAGGAGCAGAGACCCGCCUGGGGGUGCGGACCAGUCCGGCACGGGGGGUCGGGUGCACCCUGCUUCCCUGCCCUCACAGGCUGCAGAGGAGACUGUGUGGGACCGAGAGAGGGAGCGCGAGGAACAGGAAGGGCGGGAGAAAGAGGAGCAAUCCUACUCUCCGACGAACCCGCCCAGGGACAGCGAGGGCCACCCCAUCACCCCCAGGCUGUUCUCCGUCAAAGCCGCCUGCCCCAAGACGGAGUAUGAAAUUCAGAUCCCCCGCACCCCUUUCUACGGGGUGGAGGUGGGGCCGGAGGGAAGGAGAGCCAAAGUAGGAGAGGAAGGGCCUCCGUCAGUCACAGACAGUCUCUGCAGCGUCACACAGGAAGCUGGCUCACCGCUCCCCGGCCCCCGGCUUCCUGCCUCUCUGUCGCGAUCGCUCUCGGCCUCAGAGGAGGAAGACACAGCCUCGGAGCUGCCUGCCACCUGUCCCCACAGUCCGCCCUCACCGGGACAACGCGAUGAGGGGCAGAUAGAGCCCGCGGAGCGGCAAAGACAGGACGCACCCGGAGGAGGGGAGGAAGGCCGCGGCCGCGAGGAAGAGUCGCCGGAGAAGGACAGCAGCGAGUGGCGGUAUAGGCCUCCCUCUCUCUCGCCCUCCCCCGCGGCCUCUCCCUCUCUCUCGCCCUCUCCGCCUCUCCUUCCCUCCCCCGUCGACAUGAGCCGGAUUUACAACCUGCGGGCGGCGGCCGGGUCGCGGACGGCAGGGUCGUUCGGCGGGAGGAAGGCGGAGUCGCCAGCGCAGUGCCUGCACCUGCGGCCACGGGAGGAGGAGGCGCAGCGGGAGGUGCAACAGGAGGCGCAGGAAGAGGAGCAGCAGCAGCAGCGUAGGCCGGAGCCACAGCUGCAGGAACUGAAACGCAGCUGUCUGCAGGAGCCGGGGACGGAGAUCAGGGGCGCGCGGGGGGACGGAGCGGCGGUGGCGGACGAGCCCCCGGCCAUGCGAACGGUGCAGCAGCAGCUGGAGCAGCUCAGACUGCGGGAGGAGGAAGCAAGACAGGCGAGGCAGGGCGGGCGGGCACCGCGGGGAGGCAGGGCUAACGCGACGGCGGGGGAACGGCCGGCGGAGCAGCCGGCGGAGCCGCGGGAGGACGAGCGGACGCAGGCGCAGGCCCUGAGAACGCCGCAGCCGCACCAACCGCGCAGCCAGAAGACUGCGGCCAGACAGCCCCCAGCCAAUCAGAGCCAGCCGCCCCGAUCCUUCACUGUCACCCCCAGAUCCGCGCUCCCGCCCGAGAACGCUCCCAAAAACACAGAACAGGGCAGCACCCUGCCCUCCCCCUCCCCCUCUGCCGCCCUGUUCUCCCUCAGGCCUGCGGCGGGGGGGCAGGGGAAGAGGGGUCACACCAUCACCAUCACUCCCCGCAGGGCGGCCGGAGGGGCGGGGCCAGCGGCGGCGUCCGCGGCAACCAAAGCACCCCCCCAAACCCAGACUGCAACCCCCAACGGGAUGGGGGAGGGGAGCAAGAAGAGGUACCCCACGGCGGACGAGAUCGAGGUGAUCGGGGGCUAUCAGACUCUGGAGAGGUCCUGCCUGGUCAAGCACAGAGGGACCCCCAAAGGGGUGAAGGUGUGCUUUGACGAGGCAAAGCUGGAGCGGGUGUGUGAAUACCCAUCAGAGAGCUCCCUGCUGGCCUCCCUCCCCUGCCCCGCCCAGUCAGGCGCUGACGGAGACAGGGAGGAGAGGGAGGGAGAGGAAGAAGACGAGGAUGAGGAAGAGGAGAAAGGAGCGUUUAUGUCAGGGGGCAGCAGGAUUCUGGGGUCUAAAUCAGGCAGAAUGCUGAAAGUGGAUGAGUCCUGUCGACGAUAAGCGGACAGUCAUCCUGCCAAAUUCCUCAGUGAGAAAUUAAUUUCUCAAAAGAAAUUAGUGUUUUUAAAUGUCUUUCCUUUCAAUGGUUUUCAUUAAUGUAUGUGUCAUAAAGUUUCUCUGUAUGUUAGGGUGUACGUUCGUGUCAAUAUUUGUUUUUAGAUCAUUUCCUUUUUACCCAUUUUUAUCACGCAGCUGAGAGUUUCUCUUCUCAGGUUAUGCGCAGUUAUGGAAUAAUUAAUGUAUGGCAAAGUGUGGGCUUUGGAUCUACACACUUCCUGUCUGGCCAGUUGUGAU